UUUGUGCUCACACUAAGCUGUGGGGAUCUUGUACUGCACAAGUUCCCCCAACAGCAGCAGCGGCGGAGGAAAGUUACUCCACAGGAAUGGGCAAGUUUCAGAAGAACGUUUUUCUUUUAUAUCUCACACCUACGAUCAUCAGAACAACAAGGGUUUGGAUAUAAGGAUCUACUGUGUUAAUAAACCGCACCAAAUUUGGGAUAUUUUUUUCUCACUUUUCCGCUGAAGAUAAAACUAAACGGGUGUUUUCUUGGGUGGCCAGAAAAAAUGUGUCCCUCUACGCAGCCUCACAGUUUUGCAAGGUUUGCCGUGGUUUUUCUGCUGUUUUUGAUACUACAGCGUGGAUAUGGUGCUAACAUAAGGACCUGUCCCCCUCCCUGCGCAUGUUUUGGGGAGCUUGUGGACUGCAGUCGGCUGAAAAGGGGCCAAAUUCCAGACACGUUCCCAGAAUGGACAGUUCAAUUGGACCUGAGCCAUAACAAAUUGCAGGUGCUUGACAGCACUUUGUUUUCCAAACUACAACAUCUAGGUGAAAUAAAACUGAACCAUAAUCAACUUGAGGCAAUACCUGAUUUGGGCCCUUAUGCUUCAAACAUCACAACGCUCAUUCUAGCAAACAACAGGAUCACCAGGAUCUCUGUGGAGCAGCUGAGGCCCUUCCUCGCUCUGGAAACGUUCGACCUCAGCAACAACAACAUCAUGGAUAUAAAGACCAACUCCUUCCCCGCUCUUCCCCUCAAGAACCUGUUCCUCAACAAUAAUCGGAUCUCAUCACUAGAGACAGGCUGCUUCACCAACCUGUCCAGCAGUCUGCAGGUUCUCCGGCUCAACCGCAACCGGCUCUCCGCCAUCCCAGCCAAGAUCUUCCAGCUGCCCAAUCUCCAGCAUCUAGAGUUGAGCAGGAACCGGGUUCGCAGGGUGGAGGGCCUAACGUUCCACGGUCUGCAUGCUCUUCGCUCCCUCAAGAUGCAGAGAAACAGCCUCAGUCGCCUUAUGGAUGGAGCCUUCUGGGGCCUCAGCAACAUGGAAGUCCUGCAGCUGGACUACAACAACCUGACGGAGGUGAGUAAGGGUUGGCUGUACGGCCUGCUGACUCUGCAGCAGCUCCACCUUGGCCACAACGCCAUCAGCAGGAUCCGACCUGACGCCUGGGAGUUCUGCCAGAAGCUCAGCGAGCUCAACCUCUCCUCCAACCAUCUGUCCAGACUGGAGGAAUCCAGCUUUGUAGGCCUCAGCCUGCUGGAUGAGCUCCACAUCGGAAACAACCAUGUCAGCUUCAUUGCAGACGGAGCUUUCCGUGGCCUCUCCAACCUGCAGAUGUUGGAUCUCCAACAUAAUGAAAUCUCCUGGACCAUCGAGGACAUGAAUGGACCUUUCUCUGCUUUGGACAAGCUGAAAAAACUAUUUCUGCAUGGAAACCAGAUCCGCUCUGUGACCAAGAAGUCUUUCUCUGGCCUGGACGCGCUGCAGCACCUAGAUUUGAGUAAUAACGCGAUCAUGUCCAUUCAAGCGAACGCCUUCUCUCAGAUGAAGAACCUGCAGGAGCUGCGUCUGAACACAUCCAGCCUGCUGUGUGACUGCCAGCUGAAGUGGCUUCCCGUCUGGGUGGCAGAACAAACCUUCCUGCCAUGCGUCAAUGCCAGCUGCGCCCACCCGCAGAUGCUGAAAGGCAGAAGCGUGUUUGCCGUCAGCAGAGACGAGUUUGUGUGUGAUGAUUUCCCAAAGCCUCAAAUCACUGUUCAGCCGGAGACCAGGUCAGCCCUCAAGGGCACCAAUGUGACAUUCGUCUGCUCGGCAGCCAGCUCCAGUGACUCACCCAUGACCUUCGCCUGGAAGAAAGAUAACGAGGUCCUUAACGACGCCGAGAUCCACAACCAGGCCCACCUGCGAGUGCAAGAAGGAGCAGGAGGCGAGACAGAAGUGACGGAGUAUACAACCACCCUGCAGCUACGUAAUGUGGAGUUCUCCAGCGAGGGGAAAUACCACUGUGUCAUCUCCAACCACUUUGGAUCAUCUUAUUCUACCAAGGCCAGGCUCACUGUCAACAUGCUUCCUUCCUUCACUAAAAUGCCCAUGGACUUGAGUAUUCGGGCUGGAGCAACAGCCAGGCUGGAAUGUGCUGCUAUUGGUCACCCUUCCCCUCAGAUUGCCUGGCAAAAAGACGGAGGUACCGAUUUUCCUGCUGCCCGUGAACGCCGCAUGCACGUCAUGCCAGAGGAUGACGUCUUUUUCAUAGUGGAUGUCAAGACCGAGGAUAUCGGUGUUUACAGCUGCACAGCUCAGAACACAGCUGGAGCCAUAUCUGCAAAUGCUACACUUACUGUUCUAGAAACACCCUCCUUCCUGCGGCCCCUCAUGGAUCGCACUGUGGCCAAGGGUGAAACCGCCGUCCUCCAGUGCAUUGCUGGUGGCAGCCCUCCCCCAAGGCUGAACUGGACCAAAGAUGACAGCCCCUUGGUGGUGACCGAGCGCCACUUUUUCGCAGCUGCCAACCAGCUCCUCAUAAUCGUUGACGCAGCUGAGGCUGACGCGGGGAAGUACACCUGUGAGAUGUCCAAUGCGCUUGGCACAGAGAGGGGCAACAUUCGACUGGCUGUCAUAUCGAAUCCCAACUGUGACCCUGGCAUGCAGGGAGGCGUGGGUGUCGGCAUCGUGGGUGGUGCAGGAUCGGAUGAUGAUGGGUGGACUACAGUGGGAAUCGUAAUCAUAGCUGUAGUCUGUUGCGUAGUGGGCACUUCACUGGUUUGGGUGGUCAUUAUCUACCACACCCGACGACGGAAUGAGGACUGUAGCGUCACCAACACAGAUGAAACCAACCUGCCUGCCGACAUUCCCAGCUACCUGUCCUCGCAGGGCACGCUGGCUGACCGACAGGAUGGCUACAUCCCAUCAGAGAGUGGCAGCAGCCAUCAAUACAUGCCGUCAUCAAUUAGUGGCUUCUACCUGCAGCCUAAAGACAUGAACGGUCUUUGUCAGCUGGAUACUGGAAGUGAAGCAGACAUGGAAGCAACCAUCGAUCCUCUGCUCUGCCAUUAUCAAGGUCCAAUAGGCUCACUGUUUCGCCGAGACAACACAUACUCCACUAACCCAUCAGAGGUCUUCACAGGCUGUUCCAUCGACCAAAUGCCUGUCUGCAUUGACUCCUACAAUGGCAGCCUGACCAGCUCUAAAAGGAGGGACUACUUCCUGUCUGAGCAUUUUGACCUCUGCUCCUCCACUGUCCUAAUGCAGCUCCCCAAUGCCAAUCUCCAUCAUGGCCCCUCCCACCAGCAGAACGACCGCCAACCAUCCGUGGAGGAGAGAGAUGUGAACGACUAUAGCCGACCUCAUGAGGGCCUUUCUCCCUACAACACCUUCAUGGGAACAUUCGGGAAAGGUCCCUGGAGGCCUCAGCAGGACCUGUACAUGGGCUUUGGCCCCCUGUCAGUGACGCAUAAUGGAAGAACUCUGUAUGAGAACCCUUAUGCCGCCCCAGACGUUGAUUCAGACCACGAGGAAAACAGUCUCACCAAGGACUCAGCAUCAGAACAGAGCAACAGCGUUUAUGUACAGCCGUUUGACAGCAGCAGUACUGACCCCUUGCCACAGCGCAGAAUGAGCACUUAGUUGAGUGACUGAGCUCUGGUUUGCUCUUGUUUUUCAUGAAGAGGACGACCAAAAAGUAAAAUUUCUACCUCACUAAAUGGACACUUUUGCAAUAAAGGACUUCUCAAAUGUGCAACGAGUGAAUGUAAUAGACAAUUAGAAGUUCCUGCAGAAACUACAAGGAGCAUAUUAACAGCUGUUCUUUAAGGAAACAGCUUCAGUUUCAUAAUAUAGAUGAAUAUAUACAUUUUUUUAUAUAAAGUUUAUUAUAUUUUGUAAAUUGUAUAUAAACAGAUUCCAUUAUUUUUGCUUAUCUUUUGUGUAUGAGUAUGUUGCGCCCUGCUUUUUCAGUUAUUCCAGCUUUGAAUGAAGCCAGGUUUUGCAUAUAUAUAUAAAAACAAUAAAUAACACCUUAAUGUGUGCUGCUACAUUC